AUGGUGAUCAGCUUCAGUUGCUCAGCAAGUAGAAAACUGACAUGGAUCAUGGCCUUGCUGUUCAUGAUGACUCAGGUCUAUGGCCAGUCUACUUCGGGGUUCAUAGGCAUUGAUUGCGGAAACAAACGCACCUACAACGACAGCAUAACAGGAAUACAGUACCAUUCUGAUGAUGGAUUUGUCGAUGACCCCCCUUUCCUCUCUCGCGACCGCGCCGCCUCCCCGCGGGCGGCCGGCCGCGCUUCCGUCCCCCUUCUCCAGAGGCCUUCCCCCGCCACCUUCCCCCCCGCCGCCGCCGGCGUGCGGUGCCGGGCUUGCCCCGGGCGGCGCCGGUGGCGGCGGCCCCUGCUUUUCCCCUCCCGGAGGCGACCUGCGCGGGGCGGCGCGUUUCCUGGUGUGUGCUCAGGCGGCGGCGGUCCGGCGCGGCGGCGGGGCAACCUGGCGCAGGCGUGGGAGGCUGGCUGCGCGGCGGCGCUGCCGUUGGCGGCGGAGCUCGCGGUGGUGGGGGUGGCGGCGCCUGCUCGGCCCAGAUCUGGGCCCCUUCGGGCCCAUCUGGGCCGCGGCGGGCCGGUGGCUUCUCAUCGACGGCGGAGCCCCCUGGAGGUGCAGUUCGGGCGUAGGAAGGCUGGGUGGGGGCGGCACCGUCGCCGGCUUGCUGCAGCGGGGCGGCAGCGGCUUUGCGGGCCCGAGAUGGGCCUGGCCGGGCCUGGGGUGGCCUGUACGAUGAGCGGAUCGCUUUCUCGGUUUGGGCUCCAUAUCGGUGUCAAUUUCUGGGAGGCGGUGAACUUGACCAAUUGGGAUCCAUCAAGCACAAUAUGGAAGGAGGUGCUCACCGUUGCUCCGGGCAACAACCUGUCGGUCUGCCUGAUAAACUUCGGUACAGGGACACUGUUCGUGUCUUCGUUGGAGCUGAGGCCACUGCAAGAUGUGAUGUACCCUUUUGUGAAUUCUUCGGUGUCAAUCAGCUAUUUUAGACGGAUCAGAUUUGGUCAAGCCACUGACUUCAUCACAAGAUAUCCAUUGGACCCUUACGACCGGUUCUGGGAGGGCUGGUCUUUCUCCUACAACACCUACCCCUGGAUGACCCUAAACACUAGCAGUCCAGUGAGGAGGCUACCCGGCGACAACACCUUCCAGGUACCAGAGGGCAUCCUCCAGCAGGCCAGCACCCUAGACACAAACUACUCCUUCUUCGAGAUCAAUGUGGCAGUGGGUCCCAACCUGGACCCAACGAACCUGCAGCUUCUCCCGAUCUUCCACUUUGCCGAGGUCGUUGACAACAAUCCAAAUAGGUCAUUCAACAUCUACAGCGGCGACGAAAUGUUGUUCCCAGACUUCUCACCUUCACGAUCCCAGGUGGACAGCAUGCACCAGAAUGGGCGCUUCUUGCAUAACCCCGCAGCCUCCUUCCUCCUGAACAAGACCAACAACUCGGUGCUCCCACCGCUCAUCAAUGCGUUCGAGCUGUACUCUCUCGUCCGGAUGGAUAACCUCACCACUGACUCCAACGACGUCAAAUACAUGAAAGAAGUCAAGAAGCACUACAGUGUGGCACGAAUAAACUGGAAUGGUGAUCCAUGCUCACCGAGAGAGUAUUCUUGGGAAGGUUUGACUUGCGACUACUCUAAGAGCAACCCGAAUCCGAGGAUCGUCGCAGUAAAUCUGUCUACCAGCAGACUGAAAGGUGGAUUAACCAUAUCAUUCAUGAACAUGGUAUCACUGGAAACCCUGGAUUUGUCACACAACAAUUUGACAGGAGGUAUUCCAGAGUACGAAAUGAAGUCAAUGAAAGUUUUUGAUUUGUCAUAUAACCAGCUCGAUGGACCAAUCCCUCAUUCUAUUCUUCAAAGAUAUCAGGCUGGUCUGCUUGACUUAAGAUUAGAAGGCAAUCCUAUAUGCUCAAAAGUCAAAGAUACAUAUUGUUCAAAUAAGAAGAACACCACAGCCGCCAUGCUCAUUGCAGUGAUAGUUCCUGUGGUACUGGUGUCCCUCCUAGUAGUGAUGGGCACACUCUGGAAGUUAUACUGGAAAGGGAAGUCGGGAAACGAUAAAGAGUAUGCUAUGUAUGAAGAGGAGACUCCCCUACAUAUUGAUAUCAGACGGUUCACGUAUGCAGAGCUGAAGUUCAUAACUAAUGACUUCCAAUCGAUCAUUGGAAAAGGAGGUUUUGGUAUCGUUUAUCAUGGCACACUGGAAAAUGGUGAUGAGGUAGCUGUUAAGGUGCUUAAGGAGACAUCAAUAUCAGAAUCAACAGACUUCCUCCCUGAGGUGCAAACCUUGUCGAAAGUUCAUCACAAGAAUCUCGUGACUUUGCAAGGAUAUUGCCAGAACAAGAAGUGCCUUGCACUCGUUUAUGACUUCAUGCCUAGAGGAAAUCUUAAACAGCUUUUAAAAGGAGGAGAUGACUAUAGUUUGACUUGGGAACAGCGACUUCAUAUUGCCCUUGAUGCUGCGCAAGGACUGGAGUAUCUACAUGAGUCAUGCACCCCAUCAAUAGUGCACAGAGAUGUGAAGACCCCAAACAUCCUUCUGGACAAGAAUCUGGUGGGGGUAAUAUCUGAUUUUGGGCUUUCACGUGCUUUUAAUGAUGCUCACACACACAUAUCUACUGCUGCUGCUGGCACUCUUGGCUACUUCGACCCUGGGUACCAUGCAACUUUCAAAAUCACCACCAAAACAGAUGUUUACAGCUUCGGUAUCGUGCUAUUGGAGAUCAUCACGGGCCAAUCCCCGGUAGUUAUGGACCCUCAAGCUGUCCACCUACCAAAUUGGGUGCGGCAAAAGAGAGCUAACGGCAGCAUCCACGAUGUUGUAGACAAGAAACUGCUGGAUCUGUACGAUGCCAGUUCCCUGGAGAGUGUAGUGGACCUUGCCAUGAACUGCCUCGAAAGCGCAGCCGUCAACAGGCCGACCAUGACCAAGGUUGCUUCAAGGCUCAAAGUGUGGUUGCCAGCUAUUUCUGGGACCCCUCGACGGACGGACUCCAUGGAUACUGAAAUUCCAAGGCAGUUCCGGCUGAUGAUUUCAAGAGCAAGAAACGAGGGGAGAUCCUUCCAGUCUGGCUAUACCAAUGGGAUUUCACAAACGAGCCUCUUUUCUGGACGGUGAAAGGGAGACGCCAAGUGUGUUUAUUGUUGGAUCCUCUUAGAUAAUGUUUGGUAAGUUGCUUAACUGCGUUGCAAUUGA